CGCGGGGCCGUUGUGAGGGGUAGAACCGCCGUGUGCUCAGCGGUGCGGAGCGGCUGGACGCAGCCCGGGGCCAACGGCGGCCGCUCCGCUCCGCACCGCGUUGUCCCCGCUGGGCGGGUUGUGUAAGCGGCGUUAGGCCGGCACGGCUCGAUUCGGCUCCGAGCAGUACGCGGACCGCGCGCGGGACGGGCUGAGUUCGGGGGUUGUCUCGCUGAGGGCCAGAAGUUAAUGUUUAACGCCGUAGUCACAUGCCCGUCAGCGAGCUCCGCCGGAGUGUUUUCGGAGUGUUUGGAACAGGAAAUGCCGGUGCAGGUAGCGUGGAACUCGGUGAAAUUUAAUCAGUUCCCAGCGUUUGCAGCCGCACGAGCAGCGCUCCGGGUGCAGAUUCACUGGGAAAAGAAUGAGAUAAACAUGGAAUCUUCUAAACUGGAUUAUAUUUUGUGGAUCGCAGUUAAAAGUAGCAAGAUGGAAGGAAGUUGGGGAAUAGAUGUAUAAUGCCCGUGUAAACUCAUGACACAACACAAUUCAUGAUUUAUAGCAGUACUUUGUUGAUAUUUCUGAAAGAAGUUGGUUACUGUGCAACAUCCUUAAUAAGAACUUUUACUCUAGUAACGUAUUUUAACCUUGACUGGACAGAAUAUUUUUUAUAGUAUAUAUUCCUUUUUAUAUUUGUAAAGUCGGUUAAAAUACAGCCACAAGAAGAUUUUCAGCUGACUGACUGAUCCUCAUAGAUGACUGACAGCUACAACUGCAAUAAGGGCUUAAACCCCUGAAUGGUUACUGUUACAGUGUUGAAUGGAAUACCAUGGCUUCAGAGCAAUUGUCUUAGGACCUUCUUUGCCUUGGAUCCAUCAUAUCCUUAAAUAUUUAAGUGUGAACAGUGCAAUUAUAAAGACUGUAAAAUAAUGGCAUGGGUGAAAUUUCUAAGAAAACCUGGGGGUAACCUUGGAAAAGUUUAUCAGCCUGGAAGUAUAUUGUCUCUGGCACCUACAAAAGGCUUAUUAAAUGAACCAGGACAGAACAGCUGCUUCCUUAAUAGUGCUGUUCAGGUUUUAUGGCAGCUUGACAUAUUUCGACGGAGUUUGAGAGGUUUAACUGGACACGUGUGCCAGGGAGAUGCGUGCAUAUUUUGUGCUUUGAAGGCAAUAUUUUCGCAAUUUCAACACAGUCGAGAAAAAGCACUCCCAUCAGAUAACAUGAGACAUGCCCUGGCAGAAAGUUUUAAAGAUGAACAGCGUUUCCAGCUUGGAUUCAUGGAUGAUGCAGCAGAAUGCUUUGAAAAUAUCCUUGAGAGGAUUCAUUUUCACCUAGUGCCAAACAGCGACACAGAUAUGUGCACUUCAAAAUCCUGUAUUUCUCAUCAGAAGUUUGCAAUGACGCUGUAUGAACAGUGCGUAUGCCGUAGUUGUGGAGCAUCAUCAGACCCAUUGCCUUUUACAGAAUUUGUGCGUUAUAUUUCUACCACAGCUUUGUGUAAUGAAGUAGAAAGAAUGAUGGAGAGGCAUGAGCGUCUCAAGCCAGAAAUGUUUGCAGAACUGCUGCAAGCAGCAAAUACUGCUGAUGACUACAGAAAGUGUCCUAGUAACUGUGGUCAAAAAAUAAAAAUUCGUCGUGUUCUUAUGAAUUGCCCUGAGAUUGUGACCAUUGGCUUAGUCUGGGACUCAGAACACUCUGAUCUGACAGAAGAGGUUAUGCGAAAUCUGGCAACGCAACUUUAUCUUCCUGGGCUCUUCUAUAGGGUUACAGAUGAAAAUGCCAAAAACAGUGAACUUUUUCUUGUGGGAAUGAUUUGCUACACAAGCCGACAUUACUGUGCCUUUGCUUUUCAUACAAAGAGUUGCAAAUGGGUGCUGUUUGAUGAUGCUAAUGUGAAAGAGAUUGGAACAAAAUGGAAAGAUGUAGUCUCCCGGUGCAUUCGAUGUCACUUUCAGCCAUUGUUGCUAUUUUAUGCUAACCCAGAUGGCACAGCUGUAUCUCCAGAAGAUGCUCCAAAGCAGAUUAUUUACUGGUCUCAAAACAGAGCAACAGGAGGAAAUGCAGAAGACUUGGGAUGUGAGAAGCAGUCUAUUCCUAAAUCAGACCAUUCAAAAGAGAAUGGAAUCGAAGUCUCUACUAGUCAAAGGGGUAAUAAAAAACUUCAGCCAGACAGUUCAGCAUUCAAUAGAAGCCACAUCCAAGCUAGCGGUGGUAAAGGUCCAGCUAAGUUAGUUUACGGUGAUCAAAAGGACAAACUGAAGGACAUAUCCAGAGAGUGUGCUCAGAAAGCUGCUGAUAUGAAAAGCUUCUCAUCUUUACGAAAAGAUGCAGACAGAGGACCAAGAAGGGAAUCCGGGAGACAAAGAGAUUUAAUCGGGGAAGAUCAUUCCAAUUUUAAGUCAGGGUCUCCUCCAGUUGGAAAUGGACUUAGACAAUGUACGGAUCAGCGCAUAUACAGCAGCCAGGGAAGAGGGCCUUAUAAACAUGACAGUGUACCUCCCCAAACAAAACUUCCUGUACAGGUGAUUGGAUCAAAUAAAACAGAAACUUUUCCUGCCGGUGAGAAGCCUACACUCAGGACCCGAUCUGAUGGUGUCACUGGCUAUGAUACGGAUAGCAGUCAAGACUCUAGGGAUAAAGGAAGUAUCAUCAGUAGCAGAAGCAGAAGUAAAGGCUGGAAACCCAUGCGAGAGACACUAAACGUAGACAGCAUUUUCAGUGAAACCGAGAAGAAACAACAUAGCCCAAAGCACAAAGCAAAUCUGAACAGUAAAUCUAAGCAUGAAAAAGAGCGAAGCUUUAACCAUUGGCCAAAAGAGAACCAAAUCCAGAAAGGUUUAAUGACUAUAUAUGAAGAUGAAACAAAACAAGAUACGGGAAGUAGAAGUUCUUUGGAUUCAGAGGGAAAAGGGAAUGUUGAAAAAAGUAAAGGAUUUGCAGAGAGAAAAAUCCAUGGUGAUAACUGGCAAAUUCAGAGGACAGAAUCUGGUUAUGAGAGCAGUGAUCAUAUCAGCAAUGGAUCAGCAAAUCCGGACUCACCUGUUAUUGAAGGAAUCAAUCCAGCAGAUGUCAAGAAUAUUAAUAAAGAAGGUGCUUCCUGCAGUGAGCAGAAUUUCUCAACAAAAAAAGCUGAAAAUGUGUUACAUUCAGUAUCCCAGCAGAACAGAAACUUCUAUGACUCCAGGAAAGAUCCUGUCAAUACAGAAAUUAACUACAGACCUCAUGUUAAUAUCCCAACAGAAUUACAUUUGCAGGUGCCCAGUCCUCAAGUCAAGAGAGCUGAAAUGCCUGAGAUUAAUAGGAAAUUUUACCCAUCAUCAACUCUACAGCCGGUUGUUAAAGAGAUCGUCAAGUCAGACAGUAGGAACAAGGCAAAUGAACAGAAUUCAUCAGAGUGGCUAAAUCCAGACAGAUUUGAGACAAUGAAUGUGUCAGCAUACUGUGCUGAUGGUGUAUCCCACCCUUACACAGAAAACAGCUGUGGAAGGAAGCCUAUCAACAAUGACUUUCACCCUUCUUCCCAACCACAGCCUCAUCAUGCAAGAACGUUUGGUCCCAAAGUGGGGUUUUCACCUUUUGUGCCACAGAAUCCCUCAGAAAGGCCUGCUGUGCUGUCUCCCCCCUGUGAGCGUGCCGGACACCAGCUCCGAAGGGUGGAUGCUCUUUGGGUGCCAGAAGCAGUUUACCAGAAUCUUCCUCCCCCUUUACCUCCAAAGAAAUAUGCUCUGAAUAUUUUGCCAGGAUCAGAAAAUAACUCAGUAGCUGAUGUAAAAUCAACAGAAGCGUUGCAGAAUAAUUUCAGACAAACAGGUGCACCUUUUAAGUCUGCAUCAGAAACAAAUGUAUUUACAAGCGAACAAAGGCUUAAAGAGUCAUUUCAAGGGAACGAGUUGUUUGUUCAUAAACCAGAUUCUCCACCUAGCUUACCAGUUAAUGACUUUUGGUUGAUGUCUGAGAAUUUCUUAAAGAAAGGACCUCGUCAUACAGGACCAAGUGCUGGCUACGCGGAUGGAAAUGACAGUGUAUCCCUGACAACUUAUUUUUCAGUAGACAGUUGUAUGACUGACACAUACAGGAUGAAAUAUCAUCAGAGACCCAAGCUUUAUUUUACAGAUAGUGGAAGCUUUCAUAAAGAAAAGCAUCUAACACCAGCUGGAGUAGAACUGAAUGCUACGUACCAUACUACUCUUGAGCCCAGGCAUCCCACAUCUGAGCAAAGGUACAAAGCAAAUGUAGAAGGCUUACACUGCAGUAGAUAGAUACAAAUACAUUUGGAUCUGACUGUUGCACUUCAUGUAGUCUGUAAGUGGGCACAGGACUUGAAUCUGUGUGUGGUAGGUUGGUAACCAGUCGGCUGUAUUUUGCUUAGGAGUUUAAAUGGAUAUGCAGACAUAGGUGAACAUAGAAGAGGUGCUAAACUUCUAGUUCUUCGAUUUAUUACUCCUAGUUGCCUUAAUGCUUACCUCUGUCACUUGGCUUGUCGUCUAUAAUUUACGUUAAAAAGGUUCCCUUUCAGUGUAUGCAUUUUACAGCAGUGAGAUCAACUAGAUUUUACUAAUUGAUAGUUGUUUGGUUUUUUUUUAAGACUUCUGUAGCUGCAGUAUAAGAAGUGUUCCUUCAGACUUCAGUCACUACAUACUUAGACUAACAAAAGGAAUAAAUAAAUAUAUUACCAGUAAAUAUUACACAGUGAGUAUAGCAGAGCAGUAUUUUCCCUGACAGGUAGCAGGAGGUUGGUUUUUUGGCUGAUGUUGCUGAGAGUUUGUGCUUUCACAAACCUUUAAGUGUCUUUAAUACGAGUUUAUCCAGAGAUUUUUCUAACUUGCUAUUUAAAAGCCUUAAUAAUAAUAGUUCUUUAGAACUGUUUUGUUUGUAAGUGAUAGGUAAGAUAUUUUUUUUUUUAAAGGGAAUUCAAGUAGAAUCAUAAAUUCAUACAAUCAUUAGAGUUGAAAGGGACCUUCAAUGGUCAUGAUUCAAUGCCCCUACCAUGGCCAGGGAAACCUACAGCUACGCUGGGUUGCUCAGAGUCCAGUUCAGCCAGACCUUGAGAAUGCCCCAAGGAUGGGGCACCUAUCACGUCUUGGCAACAUGUUCCAGUACUUCACUAACCUUAUUGUAAAGGAAAAAAAAAAAAAAAGAAAGAAAGAAAAAACAAUAGCAAAACAAAAACAAGCACUUACAUUCAAUCUGAAUUUCCCCUCUUCCUGGCUUUUGAAACCAUUUCCCCUUGUCCUGUCACACAGACCGUACUAAAAAUCUGUGCCCUUCUGUCUUAUAAGCUCCCCAUAUAGUCUCCAGAGUGCCCUUCUAACCUUAUUCAGUCUGUGGGUCUGUGGAUUCUGUGCUUUCUGCUACUGCUCCCUGGUUGUGCGUCAGUUGUGCACUCAGCUCCCUGUGCCCAUGUUCCUCCACAGAGUUCUGCACAGAUUCUCACAGACAGAGCAUUUGUUCAUAGAAUCAAUUUACUGACAUCUGUACACAGGUCCCAGCAGUAAUGAAGUGUCUCUCCAAGACUGUCAGUGAUCACUGCCUGCAUGUUAAAAGUGCUUUGUUGCAAUCCUCCACUCAACAUCGUCUUAAGUUGUGUGAAGUCAGGUUCCCAAAAACGUGGUUUGUCAGCAGAGAAGAUGUUUAGGAGCAAUACCCACUGUGUGUUGAGCAGUGUCUGCUGCACUAGCCCCAAGGAGGUGCUGGGACAGGCAGGUUCUCCACUUUGCCCUUAGCAAGCGCAUCGAGGCACAUUAGUGGUGCCUCUUGCUGAGUCCCUGCAUAACCACAGCUGAGAGGAGUAAUGACAGAUCCUGUGCAGAAUGGCCACCCAGGCUGUGCCAGUUCAUGGGAUAGGAAGGCAGGGUGAAAAUUUAUGGCUGUGUCGCUGGCUUCUGUGCUGGGGCGACUGUCCCAAGUAGGAUGUUGCUUCUCUUUGCAGCAGGCUGCAGCACGGGGCCUUCCGUCUGCUUUCUGUCUCUGCAUCCUGCCUGCCCUCUUCUUCCUUCUAGCAGGUCAUUGUCUGUGACCAGCUGUGAGUCUCAUCAGUGCAGUUUUGUAUGAGAAGGCCACUAGGAUCAGCCUUCUUGUAAGCUGAUUUCACAGCUCCUUGUGAGAUCUUGUGGGUAGCUUGCUGGAAGAUGUUUAGCAGGCCAGCUGUUCAGAAGGCCAGGACUAGACCCAUGUCCUGAGGCACUCUGGGAGCCCAAGGAAGCAGUUGAGGCAUUUCUUCUCUAGGCAGCAGCAGAGAUGCUGCAGUAGAUCAUUCUGCCACAGGGGCAAUCCCUCAUGUGUCAGGCUUGCUGGGGGUUGUGGUUGUCAGAUGGCAAAUCACAACUGCCUUCAGGACUUGAGGGGGCAAAAAAACUUGUGCCCAUGAGCAGAAAGGUGCAAGACUGCAGACAGUUGGAGGUGGGAGCUGUGGUGCUGGGCGUACCUGGCUGUGUGCCCAACAAACUGAAUUGCUGCCCCAUCAUAGAUUUCUGGCUAUGCUGUGCUGCUGCUGAAGCUGGCAUCAGCCUGCUCAAUGCUUGGAAUCAUGUCCACGUCAUGGAGAUGUACCCUAAACUUUUCAGUGUCACUCUGUCCUUCAUAGACACAGGUCACCCUGCUGUCCUUCUGCUGGCAGAGCCUGAAGCUAUAGCAGGAAGCAUCCUUGGCAAGUCCAGAGAUGAUCAUCCCCUAGCUUUUCUGCUACUUAGCACUUGUCAGCUGAGUACUGGCUACUGUGCUCUUGGCCCAAACUGCCCAUGUCCCUUUUCUCGUUGGUCAUGGUCUGCCUCUCUGUCCUUGUCCUCCUUCCCUGGGGAGCUGUCCUGCUUCCUGCUGCUAACCAGCUUACAUCUUCUUUUCAUUAGGUACCAACAGUACAAGGAGCCCAGCAAAUCCCUAGAGCUGCCAGUGCUGCAAGGCAGCAAAGAGCAGGGCUCCCUUGGCUGUACUGCUUUGUUCCUGACUCCCCUGCUCCACUCUGUGCAGCAGCAGUGCCAAGUAAACUCUAUACUAAUACUGUCCUGUUGAUACACCUACUCUGUACAAAUUAUUGAACUUUUUUUAUCAGGUUUGUUCAUCCUGUAAGCUUUAUCCUUACUGAAAUUCAAUUAUAUAAGCUACAAACUGAUAUAGUAAUAGUGAUGCUAAUUUUAAAAUACAGUUACUACACAACUAUUAGAUGAGUAUUUUUAUAAGGUUUCAGAACUAAAGAAUCAAAGAGCAGCCUGAGGUUGGAGGCUGGAAGGGAUCUCAGAAGAUAAUCAUGUCCAGCUUCUUUUUGAGAAAAGGGAGCUUUGCUGAGAUAAUGUAGCACUCUGUGCAGCGCAGUGUGCUAUAGAUAACUGUGUCCCCAGAGAGGCUGUCGUUAUUUAUUGAACUUCUUAGCUCUUCAGCUUGAUGUUUUUGGCAAUGUUUAGUGGGGAUUAUACAUGAUUUUACUGACAAAUUUUACCUCCUUACAAAUAGCUAAGUACCAUCACAGCAAUUAAGUGCGACUGAUCCUGCAGCUGUUCAGCCUGGGGUAGCAUGAAAUAAGUUGUUUCCUCUGCUGUAGCACUCUGCCCUGCUGUUUUGGCAGGUUUGGCAUUUACUGUGGCUUUCACUAAUCCAACUUAAUUCAGUAACAAAGCAGAAGAGAAGUUUCAUUUAUCUUUUAUUUAGUUAUACAUUAAAUCAGUGCACAGGUAGGAAGUGGGGAAAAAAGCAGGGGGAACAGGAUUUUGCCCUCGUGCAUUUGAUAACCCACUCUGUGCUGCAGUGUCAGGAGUGUAGGCUUUGAGUUCUCAUUCAGUCCAUUCUAAAUAAUGUAUUACUUAAAAUUAAUCUGGACAGGCUGAAUUUUGUAAUUAUUUCUGUUUUAUCUUAAAAUUGGGGUGCUGCUGACUAUAUCUAAACAUGAAUGCCUUUUAGUUAACAAAAUAUUUCAAGCAGGUUAAAUAUUCAUGGCAAACACUCUUGCUUAUGCUUGCACUGUUAGUGAGAAAGGCUUUUUUUAUGUUUCUAUACCUUAUGAGUAUAAACCUGAGUUUCUAAACCUUGUGAGUUUUAGUGCUUGAACCAAAUGUUGACGUUUGGUCGAACUCUUUAACGAUAAAUGAAGUUGUACAUUUGGUGAUUCUUCAUCAUCAGUGUUUUAAACUACUUGUAACUCGUAGUGAAACUGGAACACGACGUAUGCAACAAACCAGGUAUCUUAGAUGAACAUUAUUCUUACCUUAUUGAUGAGAAUUUGUUACAGCACUUGAGAAAUGAAUUCUGGAGUUUGUCGUACAAAUAACGAUGCGUGUUUAGGAUCGGUUGGUGGCAAACUGAAGACAAGUAUCCUCUUGUAAACAGAGCGGAGAUAAAGCCUUGGCUGUGAGAAACCUUGGAAGAUUCCUGGUUGUCUUAGUUUUGGAAGAGACUUCAACACUUGUAAAUGAAUUUUUUUUCUAAUGUUAUAUGCUAUACACAGCAUUUCAGUAAAGCUGGCUUCUAAUACUUGUGUAUAAAAACCAGAGGAUGGAAUUUGUAAAUACUGUAUACUUUGUAAAAUGUUUGCAGAAAUUGUAUUUGAAAUGACAGUAUUUUUAUGUAUAAAUAGCACAGCAACAACUGUGAAUGAUGUUAUAACGGUUAUUUUUAAACAUGAGUAGCAAUGUUCAUACUGGUGGACAAUAAGCAAUAUGAAUGAACGCCUGUUACUGAUGCCAAUGAAUUUGGUUUCCAGCGAGCACAACUGGUAACACUUAUUUUUAAAGUAGACGCAUUAAUUUAGAUGUACUCCUGUCUCCUUGCUUUGCUUGAAACAAUCUUACCAGGCAACUUUUUACGUGCCCCAUGUUUACCAGGUAUUUAAUGAGAAUAGUAUACAGCUAAUUGAGGCACCUUUGUUUUUUAUAUUUGACUCUGCACUCCAUGUGUGUAUGUAAUAUUUGCUAACAAAUAAGUGAUAACUUGUCUUGACUUACCCAGGGUGCCUAUUUAUUUUUUUAUAAAUGUCCCCUUCUGGCUAUAGAUUUGUAUAAGAGCCUAGACAUAUUUUUAACAGUAAAUACAUUAAUAAGUCUUGUAAUUAAUAUAUUUUUCAGUCUUUAGAACUAUUUUCUUGCAAAGUACUGCUUGUUCAAAUUAUCAGAUAAAAAUAUAAAAUACUUUGUCUGUA